GAUGGUCUGUUGGCGUUGGCCGUUGGAGGGGGGAGAGAGCCACUCUCUCGUGGAGAAAAAUACUAUUUUAAAAUAAAGUAGAUUAGAGCUCGAGAGAACUAGAUCCCCUUGGGUAUCGAUAUACAGUCCACGUCACGUCAGAGAGGGGGAAAGAGGAGGUGUGUAAAGGAAAAGGGGUAAAGGGAGAGACAUUUGGCUCGCUGUAGCUAACUUUUUACAGACGUGACUAGCUCGCCAACUGACAAACAGAUUGUUAAUACAAUGCCAUGGAAUUUAUGAAUAAACAUGAUCAACCAAGAGCUCAAGUUCACGCAAGCUCAUCCGUUGAGAGUGUAAAUAACGCCCGACCGAUUUAAUUUUGGACACAGUUUUCGAAGAAGACGAGAACGUGGCUGAUUCCUUUUGAAUAGCCGACUUUUGUUGUAAAAACAGUGAAGUGGGACUUUUUUUUUGUGCUCACUGUAUGUGCAUAGGAACCUGUUUUUCCACUGCUGCUUCGAUGUUCUGUUGUUUUCCGUUGUGUUUAUGCCUGACAAUUCUCACGGAAACAGACCCACAUAACCGUUCGCAGUCGGAUGUUGUGUAUCCCUGGAAAUAAUCACAAUUCAUGUGAACGUAACAGUUUUGAAAACAUAGCUCGUCUCUUGGCACAACUCACUCCGGGAAUGGGGCACACAAGCUGUUCUGAUGGACUCCAGAUAACAGCACCACUCCUCAUCCUCCAGUCCCAACCUUUAACCCCCACCUCCUCCUCCUCCUUGUCUCCUUGGUGGUCUGGUUGGUCUGUUGGAGCCCCAGGAUGACAGACCCUAAUGGGUCUGUGGGAGAGGGCUCGGCCGAGGUGGAUGCCUGCAGCCUGGAGAUCGAGAGGCAGUAUGAGGUCAUCCCUGCCGUCAUCUGCUCCAUGUGCUGCCUGUUCGGCAUCAUCUACUGCUUCUUCGGCUACCGCUGCUUCAAAGCGGUCAUGUUCCUGUCGGGCCUGAUGUUUGGCUCGGUCAUCAUCUUUCUGCUGUGCCACAAGGAGCGGGUGCUGGACACCCAGCUGAGCGUGGAGGCCUCGGCGGGUAUUGGCCUGGGCAUCGGCCUGCUGUGUGGCCUGGUCACCAUGCUGGUGCGCUCCGUGGGCCUCUUCAUGACAGGCCUCCUUCUGGGCCUGCUGCUCGCCCUCGCCGCCCUUCUGGUCACCCACCAGUUCUACACCCCCACCACCGUCUGGGUGCCCCUGGGGGCACUGCUGGGCACGGGCAUGCUGUUCGCCGUGCUCAACCUGCAGUGGCAGAAGCUCUUCACCGUAUUGUCUACGUCCGUGUUCGGGGCAGCCAUCAUGACAGUCUGCGCCGACUACUUUGUGGAGAUGCUGGCGCUUGCCAGCCACGUGUACGAGUGCCUGAGGCUUUCGCCGCCACCGCCACUCUGCUGGUACAGCUGGGUGAUCCUGGGUAUCUGGCCGACACUCAGCUUUAUGGGGGUUCUGGUACAGUGGAAGCUGACGGCUGAAGGCUUCUCACACACUGAGGUCAUCAUCAGCAGGAGGCAGAAGCGGGUCCAGUUGAUGCGGAUCAGGCAGAAAGAUGCCAAGAAGCGGCAGCAGAGCGGUGGGCAAGAGGGCACUUACCGUCGCAAGCCUACCCCCGUCAAACGCUACACAGGAGACCUGCUGGCACCGAGUUACCUGCAGAGUCUGAGGGACAGACAGAUGGGCACAGGCCAUUCCCUCAGCAGCCUGGGCACUGCCAACCACACCAUGAUUGACUUUGACUACGAGACUGGCUCCACCGUGCCCCUCACCGCCACUACACCAGUCAUCAGGGUCUGACGCACCGAGGGACAAGCAGGAGACCAACCACUUGUUUCUUGUCCCUCCUCCACAGUCCUCCUCCCCUACAGACUGCUAUUUUAGGGCCUCAGCUCUUAUUUAGGCAAUGUUCGAGUCUAUUGAAUAGUGAAUCUACCUUCCAUUGAGCUGGAAUAGGGCCUUGAAUGCUGUCCAAGUGAAGAUCAAUGCACCAAUAGUUCCUAGCACAACUCCAGUGUAACUCUCAGCCUAUCAUUGUUGGACGUUUGGAAUGGCCGACUUGAGAGUGAUGGAAUGGGUCCUCUGUCUGUGAGCUGUUCCCUGAGAGCUGUUGGGAGGGACGUUUGGCCUCCUGUUUGAUGUGUGCUGUAACCACUCUGUGUCAAUAGACUGUGCCUGUGUGGCCUCUCCCUGUGUUGUCUGCUCUGAGCGUGGGAGGUCCAUGUGAAAAGUCGGAAGGCCACUAAAGAGGGAGAGAGGGAGAUAGAGAGAGCAGAAAUAAUCUCAUCUGACUUCUUAGGUCAUAUACUUUUUUUGGUGCCAUUAUGAUUGAUUGAUUAUAUAUGGGAAAAAUCACUUGACUGAUGAAAACAGACUAUUUUUGCUGUUCAGGAACCAAUAAUAGGGAUGGAAAUGGCUAUGAAUAGCACGAGAGCUACCUCCUCGAGUAAUAUCAACUUUUACAAUUGGAGUUAUCUGUGAUUUAAUGACUUGAAAUUAACCAGUGGCAUGUAACCUAUGGUCACCUGACUUCCUCAAAGAAUAGGAGAGCAGCUGUUGUUGAGGAUGCACUGUGACUGGACAAAGAAGAGGACAAGUCAAGACACAUUUCUCUGAUCUGUGUUUGUUGUCUGUGCGAGUGUGUGUGCGUUUGUAAUGUUAUGGUGUGUGUUGAUGUUUACUUGUCCCUUUUUGUAAGUAACUGCCUGUAUAGUUGAGUGUAGAAGAUUCAGGUCCUGAGAGAUACACGGCAGCCAUUUUGUGCCUAAAUACAUUGAAGAUUAUUACAUGGGCAACUGUUACAAGUGAAAUUUAAGUUUCUUUUGAUAAGAAUUACAGUGCCUUUUUUAGAGGUAGCAAUACUGCAAUACUAUAUAUACAAUGUUUCAAACCACACUCGUUAUGUCAUUUAUUUUGGAGCAGUAGCUUGUUUCAUGACAACUUAUGUGAAGUUUUACCUGUGCAGUACCCGUAUUCAGUAAUUUAUAUGAUUAAUAACGUCGAAGGACUAUGCUAUGGUAAAAUUAGAGUACACAUUUGCCAAAUUCUAGGUUACUAAAGAAUUGUGUUUUUUUGAAAAUGGUAAUUUACUGUUUUAGAAUUUUAGAGGGAUAGUACUCUGACUCAGUACUCUUAACUAUUCUGAAUCUGUACAGAAUUGUCAAUAGGAAAUGUAAAAGAUAAACCAUUAAAUUAGUUUAAAAACAAAAGCUGUUUGAGUCAUUCCUCUGGGGAUAAUAAAUGGCUCUAUAUAUUUUCCUCAUGGUCACCUAGCAACAUCCGCUGCCAAAUUCACCCUUAGAAUCAGAAACAGAGGGUCUCAAAGGCAACAACGGGGGGUUCCUGCUCCCUGGUGGUUUAAGCAGUGGUGUUGCUGUGGCAGCGCCAAAACUUUAUCAGCCCUCAAGUAUCAUGCAUGAAAGCUGCCCCCCCCCCCUUUUGCCCUCAGAACAGCCUCAAUUCGUCGGGGCAUGGACUCAACAAGGUGUCAAGUGUUCCACAGGGAUGCUGGCCCAUGUUGACUCCCAAUGAUUCCCACAGUUGUGUCAAGUUGGCUGGAUGUCCUUUGGGUGGUGGACCAUUCUUGAUACACACGGGAAAUCCAGAAGCGUUGCAGUUCGACACAAACCGGUGCGCCUGACACCUACUACCGUACCCCUUCUAAAGGUACUUAAAUAAUUUGUCUUGCCCAUUCACCCUCUGAAUGGCACUCCAUACACAAUCCAUGUCUCAUUUGUCUCAAGGCUUAAAAAUCCUUCUUUUAGCUGUCUGGCAUUUAACAAGCGACAUCAAGGGAUCAUAGCUUUCACCUGGUCAGUCUAUGUCAUGGAAAGAGCAGGUGUUCCUAAUGUUUUUUAUACUCCGUGUACAUCAUAAAGGAAACAAGGACUGUUGAAAUGG